AUGGCGACAGCGAGUCUACGCCAAGGAGACCUGGUGUGGGGGAAAUUGGGCCGGUAUCCUCCCUGGCCUGGAAAGAUUGUCAACCCACCUAAAGAUUUAAAGAAGCCACGUGGCAAAAAAUGCUUGUUUGUCAAGUUUUUUGGAACGGAAGAUCAUGCUUGGAUCAAGAUGGAGCAGCUAAAGCCCUACCAAGCCCACAAGGAGGAGAUGAUAAAAGCCAACAAGGGUAAACGUUUCCAGCAGGCUGUGGAUGCCGUGGAAGAGUUCUUGAAGAAGAAACUUGCCAAGGAACAGAGCUCGGGUGAUGAUAAAAACAAAGCCAGUGGCAAGAAAGCAGAGGGCAAAACAAAGAAGACUACUGGAGAGAAAAAAAAGAAGUCAGAGUCCUCUUCCCCCAAAUCCCCCAAAAAGCCCAGAGACCAGAGCCCACGCAAAAGAGGAAGACCGCCCAAGGACGAUAAGGACACCACGUCUCCACAGCCAAGCUCCCUGAAGAAGCUGGCCAUGAAAACGGUGUCUCGCUUCAGCUGGCCCCCACCCUCCAGCGAGGAGGACUCUGCGGGCGACAGUUGGCUGCUUCACGGACACAGAACCCUUGGCACAGAGAUGGUGUUGAAAAAGCCCAGCGUCACAUACCAGGCAAUCAGCAAACGACUUAAAGUAUCAGAAGAGGACACUGGUUCAACGUCAAUCCAAGCAGCAGACAGCACAGCUAUCAAUGGCAGUAUCACCCCCACAGAUAAAAAGAUCGGCUUUUUGGGCUUGGGGUUGAUGGGAAGUGGCAUAGUCUCCAACCUUCUGAAGAUGGGGCACACGGUGACGGUGUGGAAUCGGACUGCAGAGAAGUGUGACCUGUUCAUCCAAGAGGGGGCA